AUGAUAAGUGUUGACAAACUAUAAAACAACCACCUCGGAUCUGGACUCACACAGUUCAUCUUAACUUCGCUCCGCAAGUUCAUGAUAAAUCCAGCGAUGAUCUCUGCCUUGUGUGCGGUGUUCUUUGUACUCCAUGUGGGGCAACAUGCCCUCGCUGCCUCAUCCGAGUCCCUCUUAGGGCACCGUCAUCCCAUCAUCAGCAGUGGAGACAGGAUCGCACUGAGAAUGUCUUACACUAAUGGCAGUAACCUGAAAUACUACAUGCACUGCACUACAAGCUACUGCUACCGAAAUAACUGCCCCGGGGACACAGUGAUUAAGUCUGACAAGUGGUCUAAGUGCAAAUCCAUGACGUACAUCAUCCGGGCAAUCGGCAAGUCAGACAGCCAGCCAAUCAACAGCGGCGACAUGGUCACCAUCUCAUCUGGUUACUAUGGCAACAAAUACCACCUUCGAUGCUCAAAAUCUACAUCGUACAAGUGCAGAUUUAGUUCCAUCAACGAGAAAAAAUUCGAAGGAAACCAUUGGUUCGAAAACACCAUCGCUAUCUUCCAGAUCUUUUCCCGCAAUGCGAUUGACAACACCCCAGUGCAGUACGGGGACAUAGUGGGGUUGCGCUACCCCUACUACUACGCGGAUCGCUGGCUGUACCAUAGCGGGGGUCACUGGUACGCGCGCAAGUGCAGCAACACCGAUAAGAAGACGUGCGCGAAGACCGACUCCCCGACCGGCUUUCAAAUCUUCAAGCCUCGAUAGAACAAGAGUAGAGACACACGCGGCACACCCCAGAUAGCAUCAUGGGAAUAUAAUAGAUAAAGGUGGAUUAAAGUUAAAUGGAUACUGAUGCUGCCGCAGAUUAUGACAAUAAAAUGAACAUCAAUAACAAAAAAA